AUGCUCGCCCACGGCGCUGUUGCUGUGGCGGUCCUUGCUGCCGCUGCAUCUGCUGCACCAGCAAACAACACGACAGUUGCUACACCUACAGCAGGUGGAAAUGCCUGCGCGACAAUCAGUCAAUACCUCGAGGCUACUACAACAUUACUUCCUGCUACCCUUGGUCUCGAUUGUCUGCAAUCUGUGCCAGUUGAUACCGACGGCGACUUGCAAUUGGUCAAGGAGAUUCGGAACAUUAUGCAGUGGAAAUCUACCUUGGCGUACCUGAAAGAUCCUCCUCAGGGCUACGCCAGGCCGUCCGUCGAUCUCCUCGGUGGCCUCGAUGACAUUGCGAACAAGCUAUCCAAGGGUGGCUACACCAAUGAGUAUGCCGUGCAAAUUGAUAUUAGCAAUUUGCUGAAGAAAGCUUAUGACGGGCACACAGCCUACAUCUCUGAUAUGUCCAGUGUCUUUGCAUUUGGGAAGGUUGACGAACACAAUAUCCCUGUCGAACUUGUUUCACUCUCUUCAGACGGAAAAUCCCUUCCAAAGGUCUACGUAUUCAAUGACAUCGCAAAAGCUCGAACACAGUCAAACUUUACGCCAUCUGCCAUCACAACAGUCAACAAUCAAUCCGUCGUGGACUAUCUUAACUGGCUCGCGAUUGGGAAUUCUCAGAGCCCCGACCUUGACGUGGGCUAUCAAACCAUCUUCUGGGACCCAGCCAAGCGAUCAUUCUCAGGAAGUGGGGGUGGCUUCUUCCAAAACUCGUUGACCUACGAAGGUAGCUCGAGUGUUUUUGGAUUCGAAAAUGGGACCAAGGCCACCAUCCGACACAUUGCAUUUCCAACGGCCAACUUCAGUGGUGUGGAUAGCGGCGAGGCCUUCUUCAGCAAAUUCUGCACGGGGCCGACGCCGACGCCAACAUCCGAAUCUCCGGCCGAGUCAACUUCGGCAGAGCCGAUCCCAACUGCGUUUGGCUAUCCCUACCCGGUUGCCAAAGCUGAGGACAACAGUGUUUCUGGUUAUUUCCUGAAUGGCACCGGCUACCAGGACGUGGCAGUCAUCAGCAGCGCAAGCUUUUUGGCGGCAAAUAUGUCAGAUUUCCAGAACGUUGUCAGUGAAGUCAUUGCCGAGGCUACUGCGCAGAAGAAGAAAUACCUCAUUGUCGACCUCCGGCGAAAUGGCGGCGGCUCCAUCCUUCUUGGCUAUGAUCUCUUCAAGCAGCUAUUUCCUUCGAUUGAACCCUACGGCGCCACGCGUGUCAGGGCGGCUGACUCGUACAACGCCAUGGGUCAAGUUGUGACUGCCAUAGCGGACGAAUAUGACAUUGCGAACAAUGAAACGGCACAGGAAGAAAUCUUUGACAGCUUUCAGUACGGCAUCAUUCGCCACUUCUGGGCCCAGUCGGCUGGCCUUGACGUCAACAACAAGGAGUUCCCUUCCUGGGAGGCCUUCUUUGGGCCCGAUGCAAUCCACGGCGACAACUUCACCAACCUGGUCCGCAACAACUUCAGCGACCCGCUCGAGGUCGGCGAUUUCAGCGUCAGCGGCUACGGCGACAAUAGUGAUGUCCCGUCGCAGCCCUUCAAGGCCGAGAACAUCGUCCUGCUCCAGGACGGCACCUGCGCCUCGACCUGCGCAGUCUUUGCAGAGCUCAUGAAGACACAGGCUGGUGUCAAGUCUAUCGUCAUGGGUGGCCGGCCGCAGAACGGACCCAUGGUGGGUGUCGGCGGAACGAAGGGUGCCGAAGUUCUAACCUGGGGCCAAAUCAUCUACGCGGCCGACUACAUACGCAACCUCGCCGAAACAUUCGAUUCGGAUAGUCUCGACCUUCUUGAGGCGUCGGGCGUCACCGAUCUCGCCGACGCCGAGCAGGUCCUCAACCGGACGGCCGUGGUCGCCGGCGACAGGAAGGGCGCGCUCAACUACCGCAACAACUACCGCAAGGGCGACGACAGCAACACGCCGCUGCAGUUCGUGCCCGAGUACGCCGACUGCCGCAUCUUCUACACGGCGCCCAUGAUGUUCGACCCCGUGUCCGUGUGGACCACCGUGUUCGACACCAUGUGGCGCAAUGGCUCUUGCGUUCCCGGCUCGACCGGACACGUCACGUCUGCUAUUAACGGAACCAACAACGGCAACAGCGGCCCUGGUCAGUUCACCAGCGGCUCUUCCUCCAGCCGCGGAAUGGCUCAGUCUGGUCUUGCCAUGCUCGUCGGCUUCGCCACGAUCAUGAUGCUCAUGUGA